AUGUUUGCGCCAGAAGAGGACAUCCGGCAGGGCCAUCUGCUUCUUUUCCUUCUCAUUCCCCUUCAUCUUCCUCUUAUUCUUCUUCUUCUUCUUCUUCUUCUUCUUCUUCGUCCUCUUCUUCUCCUACAUCGUUAUUUGAAUUCCCGUGAAGACGGCGUUGAUCUGUUUUUUGAAUGUCAUCACCUGAUGCAGUUCGAUGACGACCAAAGUGUCAUCCACAUAGCGUGCACUGAAUUGCGCUCUGUGAUGUCGGAAAACCAGCGACUCCAGCCGUUGUAG